AUGCCAAUUACAACAACUGAACAAAGCACUACAUUUGUACCAACAACAUCAUCAAUGCUUCAAACAACAAGUGUUUUGCCAUCAACUUCCACAAGCAAAAUCCAUUCUGCUGCAACUUCCCCUGAUGCUGUGACAAGCCUUGAUGCUGUGACAACGUCUAAUGUGCCAAUUACAACAAUUGAACAAAGCACUACACUUUUGCCAACAACCUCAUCUACGGUUCAAACAACAUCUGUUUUGCCAACUUCUACAAGCACAAGCCAUGAUGCUGUGACAACAUCUGAAAUGCUAAUUACAACAACUGAACAAAGCACUACACUUUUGCCAACCACCUCAUCUACGGUUCAAAUAACAAGUGUUUUGCCAUCAACUUCCACAAGCACAAUUCAUUCUGCUGCAACAAUCACCACACUUUUGCCAACAACCUCAUCUACUCUUCAAACAACAUCUGUUUUGCCAUCAACUUCUACAGGCACUUCACUUUUGCCAACAACCGCAUCUACGGUUCAAACAACAUCUGUUUUGCCAUCAACUUCUACAAGCACAAGCCAUGAAACUGUGACAACAUCUGAAAUGCCAAUUACAAUAACUAAACAAAGCACCACACUUUUGCCAACAACCUCAUCUACAGUUCAAACAACAUCUGUUUUGCCAUAUUCUAUAAGAACAAACCAUGAUGCUCACUACACUUUUGCCAACAACCUCAUCUACGGUUCAAACAACAUCUGUUAUGCCAUCGACUUCUACAAGCACAAGCCAAGAAACUGUGACAACAUCUGA